AUGCUCGGCGUUGUGGUCGUGUUGUCCGGUGUACUCGCACUUGCUGCCGCCAGCUCCGUCAACUACUGCGGCGCUAGAAUGUGUGGGAAUACGAAUGCACAUACUUUCUGCCAGUUCCCUGAAGGUCCCAGCCCAAAUUGCGUGGGUUACAUAGAAGCCAAACUGGGACCCGAUGAGAAGACAAGACUGUUAGAGCGGCUCAACAAUCGUAGGAAUGAGGCAGCCGGCGGUUUGCGAGGCUUCCCUCCUGCUGGGAACAUGCUUAAACUGCGUUGGGUUGACGAGCUGGCUCGUGAAGCUCAGCGCUGGGCAGACCAGUGUCGUCCGCCGCGGCCUAUCGAAGAACACGAUGCUUGUCGCAAUCUAUAUUCGCUGACAGUCGGUCAGUGUGUGGCGUCGGUAGUGGGCGAAGCGCCAGGGCUUCGAGUGGAGUCUAUGGUCGACAUUUGGUACAUACAAAGCAUGCUGUACAAAGGCAAUGUCACCUUUUAUAUGCCUCCUAGCAAUGGUGGCAAAUACUACGGUGAUUUUGCUCAAAUAAUUUGGGCAAAGAGUUACAUGGUGGGCUGUGGUCGCAGUCGGUUUAUGACGCCUUGGCAAGGUCGCCUUCGAAGUGUGGAGCGUCUAGUCUGUAAUAUAGCGCCGUUUGGGCCCCAGCCGACGCGCCCUUUAUGGGCCCCUGCCUCACCUACUGCUGCAUGCCCAUACCGUUCAGCGCAAUCUUCAACAUGGCCUAAUCUGUGCGAUUACCAUGUCAAACUCAUUGAAGAAAUACUUAAGAAAGAAAAGGACAAUUACGACUUUCAUGAUAAAAAUGAAUUGAUUGAGACAGCCAGUCAUGACGAAAAAGUUUUGUUAAAUGAUACACAAGUUUUAAAUUUCACUGGUGUGUCCGAAGGUCCAAGUAACGCUGUUGAUUACGAAGAUCUUAGUUUCACGGGUGUGUACGAAGAAGAUAAGGUUGUGUAUAAUAAAAUUCACGGAAGUUUGAGUGAUUCUAAUAGCGAUCGUGUUACAGUUGUAGAUCCUAAAGUAAUGGAAGAUAUUACAUAUUUGUAUCCUGCGUCAUCGAAAAUUUAUUUCGAUGAUGUAUUAAGUAGUACAAGUGUUAAUAAGCUGGAUGAUGCAAACACGAGUGAUAGUGAGACCGGUAGCGGCAGCAGUAGCGGUAGCGGCAGCGGUGACGGUGAAGACGAUGACACUGAAAAACGUCCAGAUUUCAGCAAUUUGACGGAAUAUUUUUAUAAUGAUCCCAUUGACCCUGAAACGGUUCAACAACUGGAAGAGGCCUUAGAACAUAGUGAACAUGAUUUGGCACAAAAAAAAGAGAAACAAGGAAAGGUACGAAGAGACCUUCGCGGUAGUAGCGAUACGGAGCAAGCAACGCCGCGUGUAAAUAAAGUGAUUUCAAGUACAGAAUCGAAAGGUGAUAAAAUGCUCGGCCUAGUGGUCGUGUUGUCCGGCGUAUUGGCGCUCACUGCUGCCCGCUCCGUCAACUACUGCGGCGCCAGAAUGUGUGGAAACACGGAUAAUCACACUUUUUGCCAGUAUCCUCAUUGGGUUGAGGAGCUGGCUCGUGAAGCUCAGCGCUGGGCAGACCAGUGUCGCCCGCCACAACCCGUCGAAGAACGCGACACAUGUCGUGAUCUAUUUUAUUUUUUACCAAACUCCCCCGCGGAUGCAGGAGUACUGGAUUUUGGAGUCGAUGCAAGCCCAUUCAAUAUGGCCGAAUUGGUUACAUUUAAAACACUUCAAAUAAAGCAAACGAGCACAAGUUUUCCUAGUAAAAAGCGAUUGCAUGUAGCAGAGAUGAGAAUGCUGAGAUGGAUGUGUGGUGUGACGAGAAUGGAUAAAAGAUCAUUCAGCUUCGCAGACGAUAAUGUAAAUACCUAUAAACAGUAUUACUACUCGCCUCUCUCUCCCCAACACGAAGAAGAGAGUGAUGACAUCGUUGUUAAUAACACAGGCGAUGAUGGAAAAAGGAAAUCGCAACCGAUUGAUACAUUUUUUGAAGUGGCACCAAAAAUAAAAAGGAGGAAGCUGCUAUCGUCGACUGUGGCACGAGCUGUUAAAGAUAGCGUAUCAUACAUCUCUACAAAUUCUGACGACGGAGGCCAAGCGAUGCAUCUCAUAAAAAUUGAAAUGUAUGAUAUGAAGAAACUAUCCAAGAUUCCAACUAGUGAUCACUGGAAGCACGCUACCACGAGGAUUAAAUAUUACGUAAAGAAUUAUAAGGAUAGCAUCUACGACAACACAAACGGUCUCGUAUACAAUAUUACAAAGACAAUAGCAGAAAGUGAAAAAGUAAAAAAAUACUUUUUUAACAAUAACACUCACUCAUUAGUGGACUAG